GCAGUCCUAUUGGAAGACGUUUGGACGUGCCUCUUGCGGGUUAGUGCCUGCUGAACCGCGCGUGUCUACAGCAGAAGGCGCGGUAGGAGGCUGAUCUUUUCUUUUCAUUGUGGUAGACACUGCGUAGAAUAUCACCUUGGAGGCGACUUGAAGAUAAAGAUCAAGGAGAAUGGGCAACAAAUUCGACGAGCUGUUAACCCAAGUGGGGACCGGCUGGUGGAACAUGAUUUACUUCAUCACAACCUGUUACUGGUACCUCCUCAUCCCCCCUCAGGUCCUCAGUGGAGUGUACCUCACUCCUCUUGUAAACCACACUUGCCUUCCCCCGCCUCUGGACGAUCCGGUUGAAAUAUCAAGUGAUUCGUGCAGUUAUCUCGUCAAUAACUCCUUCUCGGGCGAGGUAGAAGAGUUCCCAUGCAAUGAAUGGGAAUAUGACACGUCUGUCUACAUCAAUACUCUCACCAAAGAGUUCAAUCUCGUGUGUGAGAGGGGCUACCUGCGGGCUACCUAUCAGAGUAUUUACAUGUCUGCUACCAUAUUUAGCUCUAUGGUAGGCGGUUACAUCGCCGACAGAUACGGCAGGAAGUUUGUGGUUCUCGUGACGCAGCUAAUUUACGCCGUUCUCGGUUUCUCCAUCAGCUUCGCCAACAACUUCUCUCUCAUCCUCGCUCUCCGGUUCAUCAUGGGAUGCGUAGGACUCCCCACGAUUUAUAUCCUAUCCCUGGAAGUUUGCGAAGUCAAAUACCGAUCCGUGGUGGGUAUCCUGACCGGCCUUCCCUGGGCAAUCGGCACGAUGGCGUGGGGGGGCGUGGCUUCCCAGGUCAGAGACUGGCGGUGGCUGCAGCUCUACGUUACUCUGCCCUUCGUCCUCAUCAUUCCCUUGCUAUUCCUAAUGGACGAAUCCCCGCGCUGGCUGAUCGUGCGAGGCCAGUGCGACCGCGCCCGGGAGAUUCUGCAGAAAGCCGCCCGCUGGAACAAGACCCAGCUCCCGUCUGAGGAGGCCUUGAAGAAACUCAUGUUGGACAUCAAGGAGGAGUUGGUGGAACCAGAGAAGCCGGUGUUGAAAGAGAAGCAAAACCGAAGGUGGACGUUUUUAAAGACACCAGCACUCUGCAGAACUCGCCCCAUGCGCAUCAUCACCUUCAUCUUCAGCCUCAACCUCUUCAUCUCCGCCCUGGUCUUCUGCGGGCUCAGCCUCAGCGGCGCCAACUACAGCGCCGACCCCUUCAUCUACAUCGUGCUCGGCGGCCUGAUGGAGGUCCCUGGCUACUCCUUGACGGCGCCCCUCAUCAACCGCGUCGGGAGGAAGUGGCCCACCAUCUGGGGCUAUGUGCUCAGCGGCAUCGCCAUCCUCUUGCUCGUGUUCAUCCCCGACAACAUACAAUGGUUGGUAAUGACGCUGGCUAUGUUAGGCAAACUCUGCAACAGUGGCGCUUUCAUGAUCAUCUUCGUGUACAUGUCCGAGGUGCUGCCCACGGAGGUUCGGCUGCAGGGCGUGGGUGCCACUAUCAUGACGUGUCAACUGGGCGCUACCAUAGCCCCCUACAUCACGGACUUUGUGGGGCCCCUCGUUCCCUGGGCUCCGUCGGUCAUCUUCGGCGUGUCCUCUCUUGUGGCGGGCGUGGCCAUGCUGCCCCUACACGAGACCCUAGACGCGCCCAUGCCCGACACCAUCAACGACGUACCCAAUAUCAGCCUCAAGCCUAGAUUGUCCAGGAGAAAACGAGAUGUCGUGGUGGAUGAAGAAGAAAAACUGAACAAGCAACCAGCGUAAUGUAAAAAUCAACUCAUGUCAGAAUUUAUCAUUAACUGGCAUUACUCUUCGCUCAAAAUUAGAAAUUUCUUUUUGUCCGGAUGUCAUGUAACGUACUGAUAGUGACGAUGUAUUUCUAUUAAAGCCUUCAUGAAUAUUCAUCAAAAAUAUGAAAUUUCGAAUGAAAUAGCAUUAUUAUAUUCAAGAGAAUGACAAGGCACUCUACCCUGUUGAUAAAAUGACAAUGAUGAUCUUAUCUUUCAAUAAAUUUCUUUCGUGAA